GUCAUUGGCAUGCGUCAGUCUGAAUUGUAAACACUCCUCCUGCUGCAGCUUCCUCAGUAACAGUUUGUCGAGUUUGCUAACAUCAUGUGUGUCAGCGUUUAACAUGUCACCCGCUAAAGGUUUCCAGUCGUCGCUGCGUAUGUUAUUUCUGUUACUAAUCCAAGUAGAUAUCAGAUGAUGUUAUAAAUUCUUUUUUGGGGCUUUACACGACCGCAUCAAGUUACUGUCAUAAAGUUAAUCUUAGUGGUCGAGCUAGUUUCAGCUAGCUAACUCUCAGACGUUUGCAAAGGAGUUAAACGCAACAUUAUUUCGGCUGCUUUUUUUUUUUAUUCUGAAAGCUCACCCUGCUCUGUGCUGAAAUGGUGCUUUCCUUGGUGAGCCUUUGUGCCAGGGAGGUGGUGAGUGACCACAGCUCGUCAUCCUGCUGGCUGAGGUUGGUGCCCAGGGAGCUGUACCGACCGCUGCUGGAGGCCGCUUUCACCAGCUGCAGACCGCUGGCUGUGGGUGAACUGGUGCAGAGAUGGCCUGAACGCACACUGCGUGUCGGCGGAAGGAGCAAACAAGGGCAAACUGCGCGAAAUCGACUCUGCAUCCAGGCUCUGUUACUUGCAGUUGUCAGAGGACUGUCGGACCAAAGGUGUGUCUUGCAAGUACUGGACCUCUGUGGACUGCAAGGAGAUGAAGGAGGGAUGGGAGACCCCAUGGGAGGCUGGUCGCUGACUGUAGCUCUCUGCACAAUGGUUGUUCAGGCCAGAGCUGGCGUACAGAGGGCACAAAGGAGAGAAGGAGAGCGGGAGAGGAAAAGGUUCUCAGCUCUGGAGAGAGAAAAGUAUGUGAAAAGAGAGAGGGGACAGUGGAAGAGGGGAAAGACACCAAAUGGGGAUGAGGCAAGCACCGAUAAGAAGGAGCUGGGGGGAAAUGACAGAGAGAGGAUGGGAUCAUAUGGGAUUCUGGGUGAAGAGGAGCUGAUUAAAGGUGUCAGGAGGAGGAUGGAGAUAGAGAGGAAAAGAGAGACUGCAGUGACAGGUUUAGGAGGCAGUAGAAAGGCGACAGAAGAAAAAGAUGUAAAUAGUGAUGUGUUGGUGCUUGUGAGAGCUGAUCUUUUUGUAAAUGCUCGCUCUUGGGAGCGUGUUCGCGUGGCUCUGAGCACAUUGGGACCCCUCAAGCUUCAGUGCAGGCACCUACGAGUGGAAGAGAUUUCAGUGUCUAGUAUCAAGACCAUGCUAGACCUCCUGCCUCGCCAGGGUCUUCUGGGCAUUGAUGUUCGCUACAGCAGCCUCGGGGUGGCUGGCUUGGCUGAGCUGCUGCCUCUGCUCUCCACCUUCCCUGCACUGAACUCUCUUCGCCUGCACUACUGUAACUUGGAUUUUCGCAGAGACCACUCUGGCCAGAAAGAGGCUCUGAGGGACUUGUCUCUGGGUCUGGCAAAGCUACAAGAACUGCAACGCCUCAGCCUCACUGCACUGCGCCUGCCCGGACAACUUCGUGUGCUGCUUAGCUCACUGCCUCAGCCUCUAGAGAUACUGGAGCUGCCAUAUUUGAGCCUGAGCCCAGGUGACCUGGCCUAUCUGUCCUGCAGCCAUCAUGCCUCCACGCUGCAGCAGCUGGAUCUAAGUGAGAACCGUCUGGAUGAAAACACCCUGCUCUCUAUUCGCCGCCUCCUCUCCCAGGCUUCCAGUAGCCUGCAGCACCUCUGUCUUAGUGGCUGCGGCCUGACUGAUGGUCUGCUGGGACUCUUGCUGCCCUCACUGGGAGGCUGCUGGGCCCUUAAGAGCUUGGCUUUGGCCCUAAACCCACUCUCCAUGGCUGGCCUCAUGGACCUGGUGAGGAUGGCUGUGAGAAUGUCCUCUCUCCGUCACUUACUGUACCCCAACCCCCUAGAGGAUUACCAGCCGGGCCUUCCUGACCUGCCCUCCAGUGCUCAGCUCUUAGACUGGCCGCUGGAUGAAGCCACAGACAUCAACACGACCAGCAGCCAGCUGAACAGGGUGCUGAUAGACAGCGGGCGCUCUGACCUCUUUCUGACAUGCGACCUGCUCAAUUAUGAUAAAGACUUGAUGGACUAGAGCAGAGGUGACGGGAAGGACACAGGUGCUUUUUAGUUUGCUCACUGACACAUACCAGAGCAAUGUAUAUACACCUGACAAUCAAAUCGUCACCCUAAUAGGAUGUGUAGUAUUCAGUUAUCUGCUUUUAUCUUUUCUUUAUCACCAUUUGUCUCGUGAAGGUUUGAAUUAUUAAUUUAUGCUUUCUAUUAAAAACAGAUAACUGGAACAAUGUAGCAAGACACUCAAUACAAUGCAGCCCUCCAACAAAGCCCAAUAAUCUCCUUUUUAGCCAUUAUGUUCACAGUCAAAAUUGUACGCGGUAAAUGAGGAUUUCACUGUGUCACCAAAGAACAGGUUUGUUAUUAUCAGGAGCAUGAAUGUGAUCAGGAGAUGGAUCAGAAGAUAACGCUUAUUUAAAAAUGGAAGAGUUGGCCUGAUGGCAGAGUUACAGAUAAGGUUUCCUCCUCUAGGGAUGUAGGAAUGUACAUUUUUUAAGGGGGGAGACAGUAAUAAACCAUACUUCACUAAAAUGGUGCUAUACUACUUUAAUAAGUUCACUUGUUGACUGAAUAAAUGUUGGUUUUGUACCAAAAAUGAGUAUUAGUAUUUAAUAAUUAGGUUAACAGGAUAGUUGGGAUACAAAGAUUAACAUCCCCCUGGUUGAAGAUUAUAGGCUGUCUGCCUUUACAACUGUCACCAGUACUUUCUUUAUACAAGGCACUCAUUCAGAUACCGUAUAUAAACGUGUGUAUACUGCAUGUCAACAAUCAAAACUACAAGUUUGACAGUGGUGUCCUUUUAUAAUCUAGGUUUACUAAAUAUUUGCAUAAUCUUUCCUUAAAUAGGAAAUGAAUGUAACUGCAAAAUAUUUAGCUUUAUUUUAAAUGCAUACCAAUUCUUUUACCAAGUGUUUUUUUCUGUUUUAUUCACAAAGUAAUGUAUUUUCUCUUUGUGCUGUUCUAAUUUACAUAUUUGUUAUACUGUAUUUCUUGAAUAUCUGUUUUAAAAUGUUCAGGAUUAUGCGUUUUUGUAUUCAUUCACCUUGUAUAUACAGCAUUAUCAGGAAAAUACCAAAUCACCGCUUGCACCACAUGAAUGCAUUUACAUUCUGUAAGACACAGAAUAAAUCAGUCAUAGAGCAAA